AUGCAAUAUCAAGCAGCAGCUGCGGCGGAGUCAUGGAGGAGCAGCGGCGCCACUGGAUAUUACUAUAACUACAUGCCGGUACGGCACUUUCCGACGGUGGCGGUUGACCCAUUGGAGAGGGUGGCGAAGCUGGCAUCACAGAGUGCGGUGGUGAUAUUCAGUUUGAGUACCUGCUGCAUGUGCCACGCCAUCAAGAGUCUUUUUUCCGGCAUGGGUGUCAACCCGACGGUCUACGAGCUGGAUGAGGAUCCAAUCAGAGGGAGAGAGAUGGAGAGGGCGUUGGUAAGACUUAUGGGCAACUCAACGGCGGUGCCGGUGGUGUUCAUCGGCGGGAAACUGGUGGGAUCGAUGGAUAGAGUGAUGGCUUCACAUAUCAAUGGGACACUGGUCCCACUUCUGAAGGAAGCUGGAGCUCUUUGGCUUUGA